GAUUGUGGACAAAGGUGCGAUCCUUAAACAAAUCACAGUGAUGAUGAAACCUUAGGAACAGCCUUUUCAUCGACAUACAAGGCAAACACUCUGCUAAUCCAGCCAUGCUACAGAAUGAGACCAAAAGGCAAUCGGUCUGCAGCCCAUACCUGGAGCCGGAUCUGGAGUCCUUUAAGAGUGCAGAGGUCAGCAGUGGUUGUGACAGCACCCAACUGGACUGCCACCCUGCUCCUGGCGGCUUGGUGCUACAAGAUCAUGGAGGGACCAGCUCACCCCACAACAGUUUAGGCUGGUCGACGAGCCAGGUGGGUGAAGAAAGCCUCCUCCAGCAGAGGGUCCUGCCAACUGCAAUGCUGCUGCCCAAGAUGGUCCACCUCGGGCCCCUCUUCGGUGGGACUUUCCCCUCGGCUCACCAGAUGGGGUUGUCACAGCAGCACAGGCAGUCGCCCCUCAACCAACCACCGCACCAGGGAACCUUCUCCCAAAGGAACGGCUUCAGCGGACAGCAGCAAGCCUUCAGGGCACUCAACUGGGGUGGCCACCAACAGCAGCAGAGCGGGGGAGGAGGAGGAGGAGGAGGAGGAGGCUGGGGCUCCCUCAAUACUACCUGCAGCAGGGGCUUGAGGAGAUCCAUUGGAGUAAUGGGAGUCUCGAACUCGAUUCCGUCCUGCUCUUCCAAGAGGUCCUACUCCAGUCACGUUAUGGUGCCUCCAAAGCUGAACAGAAGCCGGCCCGGAUUAACACCCAAAUCCUGGAUGGAUGACAACCCAGUGAGCAUGGAUAGCAACAGUAACUGGCUGCCUCAUCAGCAGGAAUGGACCCACCCAUAUGAUACGUUCAACAUGCACUCAUUGGAGGACUCCUUGAUUGACAUCUUGCAGAAUGAGCAGGAACCACUUAAAAGUCGAUCUGCUCUGUUUCCUGUAGAAGAUGGCUUCCUUGACAACAGCCAGGGCGAGCAGUCAUUAUCCUCCGGCUUGAACUCCCCAGCUCUGAGUCAGAAUGGAAAACAAGGAGAACGGUAUUCCCGAAAGGUUUUCGUUGGCGGUUUGCCCCCUGACAUCGAUGAAGAUGAGAUCAUCGCCACCUUCUGCUGCUUUGGUCAGCUGAUGGUCGAUUGGCCUCACAAGUCCGGGAGUAAAUCCUACUUUCCACCCAAAGGUUAUGCCUUUCUGCUGUUUCAGGAGGAGUGUUCCGUUCAGGUUCUCAUUGACGCCUGCUAUCAAGACGAUGGCAAACUCUACUUGUACGUUUCCAGCCGCACAGUCAAGGACAAACCGGUACAGAUCAGGCCGUGGAGUCUCAGUGACAGCGACUUUGUGCUGGAUGGAUCACAACCUCUGGAUCCCAGGAAGACCGUCUUUGUUGGGGGCGUCCCAAGGCCCCUGAAAGCUGUGGAGCUGGCGAUGAUCAUGGACCAGCUGUACGGGGGGGUUUGCUACGCCGGCAUUGACACCGACCCUGAGCUCAAGUACCCCAAAGGCGCGGGGAGGGUGGCCUUCGCCAAUCAGCAGAGCUACAUUGCAGCGAUCAGCGCCCGCUUCAUCCAGCUGCAGCACCGGGACAUCAACAAACGGGUGGAGGUGAAGCCGUAUGUCUUGGUGGACCAGCUGUGCGAUGAGUGUCAAGGCGCCCACUGCAACGGCAAGUUUGCCCCCUUCUUCUGCGCCAACAUCACGUGCCUGCAGUACUACUGUGACUACUGUUGGACCAGCAUCCACUCCCAAGCGGGACGCGAGUACCACAAGCCACUGGUCAAAGAGGGGGGGGAGAGGCUGCGACAGCUGCCCUUCCGCUGGAGCUAAGACCCCAGUCCAACUCCUCCCCCCACCCCCCGAGGGACGCGGGCAUCCGUAUUUAGUGGCUCUUUGUUAUUCUGCUGUUCCUUUAUUUAGAAGUGUUUGCGCACCGAAUUUUCUUACCCAGUAUAUCUUUUGAUUAAUUUUUUUUUAAAAAAAGCAGAAAAGUCUGGUUUAGGGUGGAGACCCACUUCAAGGGGCAGAGGGGGUGACCGGUGCUUGUUUCUUUGAAGGGGGGAGUGGUUUCUCCGCCGAGGGACUUCCUCUUUGUAGUGCCAGGAAGGUGAAAUGUCUGAGCUGCAAGCAGCGAGGGGAGGGGGAGGGGUCCUGCAGGGCAAGACUGGGGCUGGGGUUUGUGUGAGGGAGGGAGGGGCUGGCAUUCGGUGUGGGGAAGGAGCAUGCUUCAACAGGCUGCAGUGCGGUGGGGGGGGGGGGGGCACCGGUGGCACGCAGCUACAGUACAGAGAGGAUACACAGACCCUGAGCACAUUUGGCCAAACACACUUGCAUGGUCAAUACCCAAUUACUUCCCCAUGGCCCCGCCCACUAAUAUCCCAUGGCCCCACCCACCAAUCCCAUGAUUCCGCUAACAUCCCAUGGCCCCGCCUAUCCCCUAUGGCCACCCCCACCCCCAGUGACUCCGCCUACUCCCACCCCACAGUCCUGCCCCACCCCCCCCCUCUCUCUCUCUCUCUCUCUCUCUCUCUCUCUCUCUCUCUCUCUCUCUCUCUCUCUCUCUCUCGCUCUCUCGCUCUCUCGCUCUCCCAUCUGUCUGUCUCACCUCACCACCCCCCUAACCCCAUCUGUCUGUCUGUCAGUCACUCCCUUGAUCUCUCUCCCUCUAUCUGCCCUAGGCAGUGCAAGAUAUCCCCAGCCCAGGGUUCCCUGGAGCCCCUCCCAUGGGAUCAGUGUUAUGCCUUUAAGUGAAACCCCUUCCACAGUGAGUUUGGUGCCGCGCAGCGGAGGUGGUGAGCUAGGUCCGUGCUAUGUGUGUCACCGGGUCUGUGCUCGCUGGGCAAGUCUCCUCCUCGCAACAGGUCAGGCCCAGGAGUUAAAGGAUGGGCUGAUUGGCCUUAUCUGUUAUCACACAUUGGUGCGUCUCCAGUCAUGGUCGGUCAGUGACUGAGGAGCAAGGACGGGGGGAUAGGGGAGAUGCUGGAUGUGUGACUGUUCCCUCUGCCAUUGUCCGACGUACAGUAUUGGGGUGAGGAUGCGAGGCACCUUCAGCACCAGCUGAUUAACCUCUCCUGAAAGAUUUGUGCUGUUGUUCUCGCACCCAACUGUCCAGUGGUGGAGAUGUCAUGUGACCCUUGAACUGGGCUGUGGAGGUUCCUGUGUAUGUGUCCACCCCAACUCUGUCAGUGGAGUUGGACUCGCGUGAGCUGAUCUUCGCUCGGCCACUCCUGGGGUAAGAGUGAACUGGCCCAGUCACAUGACCAUCCUGGCCAAUGGCAGAUCCAGCUGCCUACCUACCCUGGCCAAUGGCAGAACUGCCUGCCCUCCUCGACCAAUGGCGGAGCCAUCUGCCCACAUGCCCCAGCCAAUGGCGGAGUCAGCCACCCACCUAACCCAGUCAUUGGAAGUGCCGACUGUUCGUCCUGGCCAAUGGGAGAGCUGUUCUGGACUCGGUUGGAUCAUGUAGCACAUGGAAUGGGGGGUGUUGGGCAGGGUUCACAUAGAGUCAGUCAACCUGAGGUCAUGUGUCCGACAGAGGGGACGAGGGAGAUGUAGGGCUGGUGACUGAGGCGCUGCGCACCGCGGGACUCAGGCUACUGUCUUGCCGCCGGUGGUCUGUCCGUGGGUCGAUGCGACCAGCCAGAAGGAGAAGAGUCCAGCCCCUCAGGAUGAGUCAGUGGGGGGAAGAAUCAUGUCAGGCUCAGUUUGCACAAAUAGCACUUUAGCACAGCCUCCCCUCUCCUCCCACCCCACCCUUACACUGAUACAAAAGCCACCCCAUCCUCCCCACCACCACCUUGCUCGGAGUGGAAUGACCAGCACACCCUUUGAGUUCUUUUGUUAAUUAGAUAAUCUUUCUGUUAAUAAUUACUGUAUGUGAUUGUGGCCCUUGGAUCUUGCAGCAUUGUUGUGAGAGGUUACCAGGGAUAGACCUCUCCAUUUGCUCUCUUAUCCCCCACCCACACUAAUCCCAAGACCCAUGCACUUUGCAUCUCCAUUGAACAGGUGGCUGGGUCGCUUUGGACUCUGACACAGUUUGGUACAGCUAACCUGCUGGGUACUUUCAAAUAGCGGUUCGGAUCAGUUGUCGGGGGGGAGGGUGAGUUACGAAGCAUCAGUCCUGCCCUGGGUUCUCGGGAUGUUGGAGCUAAAGGUCACGUGUCUGGCCUGAAAGAGGGGUCACCCAAUGACGGAAACCAAUUCCAAAUCCAUCUCUGCUGCUGGUUGGGCUAUGUGGCAAUGGAAGGUUUUGUCUGUCCCAGGAUGUCAAGGUGUUCCAUCACCACUACACCAAGCAGGUUAGUGAGGCACCAGCCAUCGCUGAGUUGGCAUCUCAGCAGGCAUUGCGUGGUCUGGUCCCAACGGUGAUGAAGGAUCAGCCAAGGUCUAUUCCAUCCCAAGUGCCCCUGUGUCGGACCCGAGGCAUUCAGGACUUUAGGCUGGUUGUGGUGUGGGACAUCUCUAGCCGAGAGCAGACAUCCACGUGCAGUUAAAAUAGUGUGGUUGUGGGGUGGGGAGGUGAAGCAGAGUUGGUGGUCUCUCUGGAACAAUAGCCCCAGGAGACCUUUCAGGGCAAAGUGGUUAUUGGGAGGAAGGCAGGCGAACCAGAAGAGGCAGCGGCUUUGUAACCAAAGGUGGGGGUGAGGUGGCGAUGGGGAGUGUGUGGUUAGGUCAGGAGGUGGAAGAGGGGAAGUGAAUUUCUUGUACAGUGUCUAUGCCUUUGAUUCAGCAUUAACAGGCCGAACAACGCAACUCCCUUGUAACCAAACCACCAGAGUUUGGAAUCAUUGACACUUGAACUAGGUUGUAGCAGUUUUGUAAAGAAAAUAUAUAAAUCAGUAAAUGAGAUGCUGCUUUUUCUACUAAGGAGUCACAUGAUUUUUGUAUUUUUGUAUUGCAACUUUAUUGUCCAGUGAUGUUUUCUAUUACUAAUGGUUGUAUGUAAUGUCAAACAUGAACAUGUGACUCUGUAGAUAUAUAGUAGAUACCUCAGUUUUUUUCAAUUUUAAAAUCUUAUUUUUUUUCUCUGAAAUAAAUAUAUUUCGGUUCUGCAAAGACUGACAGAUAAUUUAUCUUUUAGUUUAGUUGGGAAAUAACAUAUAAUUAUAUAAAUAUAUAUAUUAUAUAAAAAGCAGUAUGCACACUGUAAAAUUAAAAAUGUACCAAGUCUUGAGGUAAAAUGUUUAACAAUGAGAAUUUGCCAAAUA